CUUGGGCGCGGGCGGCUCCCGGGCGCGGCCUUGGCGGUGCCAGUCCGGCCCCCCCGCCCCACCCCCUCUGGCGCCGGCCCGCGCGCUGCCUGUCCCGACGCCGCUGGGAACCCUGCGCCAGCGCCAGCAUGACGCGCGCUCUGUUCAAGGGCAACUUCUGGAGUGGGGACAUCCUCAGCACCAUCGGCUACGACAACAUCAUCCAGCAUCUGAACAAUGGCCGCAAGAACUGCAAGGAGUUUGAAGACUUUCUGAAGGAAAGGGCGGCAAUUGAAGAGAAAUAUGGCAAAGACCUGCUCAACCUGUCCAGGAAGAAGCCAUGUGGCCAGUCGGAAAUCCAUACCCUGAAGCGGGCCCUUGAAGUCUUCAAGCAGCAAGUAGACAACGUGGCACAAUGUCACAUUCAGCUUGCGCAGACUCUGAGAGAAGAGGCCAGGAAGAUGGAAGAAUUUAGGGAAAAGCAAAAGCUACAACGAAAAAAGACUGAAGUUAUAAUGGAUGCUAUCCAUAAACAAAAGAGUCUACAAUUCAAGAAAACCAUGGAUGCAAAGAGGAACUAUGAGCAGAAAUGCCGUGACAAAGACGAGGCGGAGCAGGCUGUUCACCGGAGUGCCAACCUGGUAAACCCAAAGCAACAAGAGAAGCUUUUUGUGAAACUGGCAACUUCAAAGACUGCAGUAGAGGACUCAGACAAAGCAUACAUGUUGCACAUCAACAUGCUGGAUAAGAUCCGAGAAGAGUGGCAGAGUGAGCACAUCAAAGCCUGUGAGGUGUUUGAAGCUCAAGAAUGUGAACGAAUAAACUUCUUCAGGAAUGCCUUGUGGUUACAUGUGAAUCAUCUGUCCAAACAGUGUGUCGUUAGCGAUGAUAUGUAUGAGCAGGUCCGGAAGAGUUUGGAGAUGUGCAGCAUCGAGAAGGACAUUGAAUAUUUUGUGAAUCAGCGCAAAACUGGACAGACCCCACCAGCACCCAUCAUGUAUGAGAACUUCUACUGCCAGAAGAAUGCAGCACCUCCAGGGAAAGCUACUGGGUCCAAUGUCACAAGGAGAGGACCCCUGCCAGUUCCUCAGAAUUUACCAGAUGACCCCAGUUACUCCGUGAUUUCUGACUAUAGCUUGGUCUACCAGUGAUGUUGUUGAAAACAGAACUUGCUCCACCUAAUGCUCCUAUGGUAUGGAAAGAGCACCGAGAACGGCAGAAUCCCCAGCUAAAUCCUGCCAAUGAUGAUGGCCCUGAAGGGAACCCUUGUUGUAAUGUUUUGAUAUUUUCAAUUGACGAUAGGCAUUUCUUUAGUUCCAUGUAGGCUAACAGAGCUCUUUAGUUUUCUGAUAGAAUUUACAAAUUGCCCCAGACCAAAGAAUUUUCCUUUCUCAGACAGGCACUGCAGUUGUGAGCGAGUUAUUUCCUAGUCGGAAAGCAGAACAGUUUCUGGGUUGAGUGCUGGCUCCUGAGACAGCAGAGGUGGCUGCCAAGGGCUCUGACAGCACUGGCACAAGAGAGCUCAUCCAGCCCUGGGCAGCAGGAAUGGGGAGUUUUCAUCCAGGCUCAUGUUCCAGGGGCACGAGAUUGAAACGACCUUGCCUUUUGAGGCUGGAAGAUUUAGCAGCCAUCUGAUUGUGUAUUCUAUGUCACAGAUGAGGAAAUUUGGCCCAGAGGAUGAAAUUGGGGUUCCGUCUAGGGCUGCCAACUGAUUAGGGACAGCCAGAAGCAGAGCAUAAGCACAGGCCCACAUCACUACUCUGGCAGCCCUUGCUGAGGUCACCAUGCUCCUGCUGAAUCUUAGGACACCAUGGAUUUUUUGCCAGAAUUUUUCUAAUUGGGAAAUGUAUUAGGGAGUCAGGGUUAGACUUUCCUGUGAAUGGAUCCCUGUAUGUACCAUACUACAGAGUAGUAUAUUCAGUCCAACCUGAGAAGCUGUAGAUUGCAAAACAUGCCACGAUCUACUACAGCACAAAGAAGAUGGGAUGGGGGAGUUGCCAAUUAACUUGUGAAAAUCCAUUGAUAACCAAAAUCAUUCACAUUGGAGGUGCUAACAUGUAAGAAUAUUCUGGAGUCAAUGAGAUCAAUGGAAUAUAAUGUUUUGACUCACUUCCUCGAGAGAAUUUUGGAAUCACAAAGCCCCUCUCCAGUCCAGAGACUUCACAGCAGAUCUUUGCUUGGCUACAUUCUGACUCUGAAGUGUCAGUCGGGCCCCUUAACAAAUAUUUGGUUCUAUGUUUGUCAUCCACAAGCAGCAGGGAGGUUAUGUAGCUUUUGCAUAUUAUGGGGCAAACCCUGGGAAACUGGUAUAUUUUAGUUCACGACAAAGUCAGCACAGCACCCUUCCUUCCUGAGUUAGUUCUGUUAACCACAUUGAGAAAGUAUUUUCUUCUUCUGCUCUGGACAGUCAUGUUCCCAGAACUAUGCAUAAAUGAAUUGAAAGAAGAGUUCUCAUUUCUCCUCUUUUAAUGUGAGGUGCUACUCAGUGUAGCAGCUGCUUGUCAAGAGGGAAAGCUUGCAUCAGUUGGAUAUCCUUUUGGGAAACUGAAUUUUGCAAAAGGUCAUUGAUUUCGCCAAACCAGACAAGCUCAGGAAAUUUUCUUUUGUUUUCAGAAUACUCUGUGUUUUCUUAUUUAUUAUUGGCAGUUCCUCAGGGAUUUCAGUUUUCUCUUUCCCUUGGUCAGUAUAAUUGGUGUAAAGAUGUUUUCCGAAUGGAAAAAAAAAAUCGUAUUUUCAUUCUGUUGCGCUUUCAGUUUGAUAUGAAGUAGAAUAAAGGCUUUUGAUGAUUUGGGA